AUGGCGGUCAAGGCCAGCAGCCAGCAGCGGUCCCAGCCUAGCAGCCAACAGUGCUUCCAGCCAGCAGCGGUCCCAGCCAGCAGCGGUCCCAGCAGCCAGCAGUCGUGCAGCCUAGCUGCCAGUAGCUGUCCCAGCCAGCAGCCAGCAGCAGUCCAGCCUAGCAGCCAGCAGCGUUCCAGCCAGCAGCGGUUCCAGCCAGCAGCCAGCAGCGGUCCCAGCCUAGCAGCCAACAGCGGUCCCAGCAGCAGCAGUCCCAGCCAGCAGCAGUCACAGACAGCAGCGGUCCUAGCCAGCAGCCAGCAGUGGUCCAGCCUAGCAGCCAGCAGCGUCCCAGCAGCGGUACCAGCCAGCAACCAGCAGCGGUCCCAGCCUACCAGCCAACAGCGCUCCCAGCCAGCAGCGGUCCAAGCCAGCAGUGGUCCCAGACUGCAGCCUUCAGCGGUCCAGCCCAGCAGACAGCAGCGUUCCACCCAGCAUUGGUCCCAGCCAAGUAGCCAGCAGCGGUCCCAGCCUAGCAGCCAACUUCAAUCCCAGCCAGCAGCAGUCCCAGCCAGCAGCAGUCACAGACAGCAGCGGUCCCCGCCAGCAGCCAGCAGUGGUCCAGCCGAGCAGCCAGCAGCGUCCCAGGUAGCAGAGGUCCCAGCCAGCAGCGGUCCCAGACAGCAACCAGCAGCAGUCCAGCCUAGCAGCCAGCAACGUCCCAGCCAGCAGCGGUCCCAGCCAGCAACCAGCAGCGGUCCAAGCCUAGCAGCCAACAGCGCUCCCAGCCAGCAGCGGUCACAGCCAGCAGCGGUCCCAGACAGCAGCCAUCAGCGGUCCAGCCCAGCAGGCAGCAGUGUUCCACCCAGCAUUGGUCCCAGCCAAGUAGCCAGCAGCGGUCCCAGCCUAGCAGCCAACUGCGAUCACAGCCAGCAGCAGUCCCAGCCAGCAGCAGUCCCAGACAGCAGCGGUUCCAGCCUAGCAGCCAACAGCGCUCCCAGCCAGCAGCGGUCCCAGCCUGCAGCGGUCCCAAACAGAUGCCAGCAGCGGUCCCAGCCUAGCAGCCAAGAGCACUCCCAGCCAGCAGCAGUCCCAGCCAGUAGCAAGCAGCGGUCCCAGCCAGUAGCCAGCAGCCAGCAGCGGUCCAGCCUACCUCUCACCAGCAGCCAGCAGUUGUCCCAGACUAGCAGCCAACAGUGCACUCAGCCAGGAGCGGUCCCAGCCAGCAGCGGUCCCAGCCAGCAGCGGUCCCAGCCAGCAGCGGUCCCAGCCAGCAGCGGUCCCAGCCUAGCAGCCAAGAGCACUCCCAGCCAGCAGCAGUCCCAGCCAAUAGCCAGCAGCGGUCCCAGCCAGCAACCAGCAUCCAGCAGCGGUCCAGCCGAGCAGCCAGCACAGUCCCAGCCAGCAGUGGUCCCAGUCAGCAACCAGCAGCCAGCGGCAGUCCCAGCCAGGGGCGGACCCAGCCAGCAGCCAGCAGCAGUCCCAGCCAGCAGCGGUCCCAGCAAACAGCCAGCAGUGAUCCAGCCUAGCAACCACGGUCCAAGCCAGCAACCUGCAGCUGUCCCAGCCCAGCAGCCAACCUCGCUCCCAGCCAGCAGCGGUCCAAGCCAGCAGCGGUCCCUGCCUAGCAGCCAACAGCACUCCCAGCCAGCAGCGGUCGCAGCCAGCAGCGGUUCCAGCCAGCAGCGGUCCAGCCAGCAGCCAGUAGCGGUCCCAGCCAGCAGCGGUCCCAGCCAGCAGCCGGCAGCAGCCCAGCCUAGCAACCAGCAACGUCCCAACCAGCAGCGGUCCCAGCCAGCAGCCAGCAGCCAGAGGCCAGCAGCCAGCGGAGGCCCUAGACAGAGCAGCGGUCCCAGCCAGCAGCGGUCCCAGCCAGCAUCCAGCAGCGGUCCCAGCCUAGCAGCCAACAGCACUCCCAGCCAGCAGCGGUCCCAGCCAGCAGCGGUCCCAGACAGCAGCCAUCAGCGGUCCAGCCCAGCAGGUAGCAGCGUUCCACCCAGCAUUGGUCCCAGCCAAGUAGCUAGCAGCGGUCCCUGCCUAGCAGCCAACUGCGAUCCCAGCCAGCAGCAGUCCCAGCCAGCAGCAGUCCCAGACAUCAGCCGUCCCAGCCAGCAACCAGCAGUGGUUCAGCCUAGCAGCCGGCAGCGUCCCAGCCAGCAGCGGUCGCAGGCAGCAGCGGUCCCAGACAGCAGCCAGCAGCAGUUCAGCCUAGCAGCCAGCAGCGUCCCAGCCAGCAGUGGUCCGAGCCAGCAGCAGUCCCAGCCUAGCAGCCAACAGCGCUCCCAGCCAGCAGCGGUCCCAGCCUGUAGCAGUCCCAGACAGAUGCCAGCAGCGGUCCCAGCCUGGCAGCCACAACGCUCGCAGCCAGCAGCAGUCCCAGCCAGCAGCGGUCCCAGACAGCAGCCUUCAGUGGUCCAGCGUAGCAGUACCAGCCUAGCAGCCAACAGCGGUCCCAGCCAGCAGCAGUCCCAGCCAGCAACGGACCCAGACAGCAGCCAGCAGUGGUCCAGCCUAGCAGGCAGCAGCGUCCCACCCAGCAGUGAUCCUAGCCAAGUAGCCAGCAGCAGUCCCAGCCUAGCAGCCAACAGCGCUCCCAGCCAGCAGCAGUCCCAGACAGCAGCGGUCCCAGCCAGCAGGCAGCAGCAGUCCAGCCUAGCAGCCAGCAGCGUCCCAGCCAGCAGUGGUCCCAGCCAGCAGCCAGCAGUGGUCCCAGACUAG